AUGAUUGGAAGAAGUACUAAAUUGAUUCAAUCUAACAAGCGUGUUGCUUCCGUUUUAAAGAAGAAUAUUUCUCUUUCAUCAUCUAAGUUGUUCAGUACUUGUGUUAGUGCUUGUUCAUCGCAUUUGGCUUCACUCGAUACUUAUACUAAUAGACACAAUUAUCAACCAGAGAAUGAAAAUGUUCAUCUCAUGUUGAAGGAAUUAGGUUUUAAAUCACUUGAAGAAAUGGUCAAGACUAUUAUUCCAAAGUCAAUUUUAUAUGGAGAAGGAGAACGUAUGGUUUUAUCUUUUGAUCAAGAUGGAAAGAAGACUGUUUUGAAUGGAGAGUCUGAUAUCUUGGCUGAAUUAUAUAAUCAUGCUAAACUCAACCAAGUCAAAAAAUCAUUGAUUGGUCAAGGUUAUUAUGAUAACAAGAUUCCUAAUGUUAUUCUUCGUAACAUUUUCCAAAAUCCAGGCUGGUACACUCCAUAUACUCCAUAUCAAGCUGAAAUCUCUCAAGGUAGACUUGAAUCACUCUUGAAUUAUCAAACAAUGAUUUCUGAUUUGACUGGUCUUCCAAUCGCUAAUGCUUCACUUUUGGAUGAAGCUACUGCAGCUGCUGAAGCUAUGGCUGUUUGUUAUAAUGCUCAUAAGAAGGAAGUUAAUGCAUUCUUUGUUGCUUCCGAUGUGCAUCCACAAACUUUGGCUGUUAUUCGUGCUCGUGCUGCUCCAUUGAAUAUCAGUGUUGUUGUUGGUGAUGCUCUCACUUUUGAUUUUGCUGUUAAUCGUGUCUGUGGUGCUUUGAUUCAAUAUCCAAAUACUACUGGUGCUGUUGUUGAUUAUGAAAGUGUUGUUAAAAAGGUUCAUGAUACUGGUGCUUUAACUGUUUUUGCUACUGAUUUAUUGGCUCUCACUGUUUUAAAGUCACCUGGUGAAUUCGGUGCUGAUUUGUGCAUUGGUAGUGCUCAAAGAUUUGGUGUUCCACUCGGUUAUGGUGGUCCAAGUGCUGGUUUCUUGUCUGUUAAGGAUGAUUAUAAGAGAAUUAUUCCAGGUAGAAUUAUUGGUAUCUCUAAGGAUGCUCAAGGUAAGACUGCUCUUCGUAUGGCUCUCCAAACUAGAGAACAACACAUUAGACGUGAUAAGGCCACCAGUAACAUUUGUACUGCUCAAGCUCUCUUGGCUAAUAUGGCCUCUAUGUAUGCUGUUUAUCAUGGUCCAACUGGUUUGAAGAAUAUUGCUAACAGAGUUCACGAAAUGGCUGUCAUUUUGAAUAAGGGUAUCAAGUCUAUGGGUUAUACUGUUUCAUCUGGACUUUUCUUUGAUACUUUCACCGUCUCUGUUUCAAAUACUGAAAAGUUCUUGAGUUUUGCCGCUGAAAAGGGAUAUAACUUUAGAAAGGUUGAUGCUCAAACCAUUUCUCUCUCAACUGAUGAAAGCAUUAAUAUUAACCACUUGAAUGAAAUUUUGGCUAUCUUUGCUUCUUUCAAUGGUUCAAAGACUGUCACUGCCAAUGAUGUUGCUCCAGAAAAUUUGAUUAGCUCAUCAUCAUUUGCUCGUACUACACCAUAUUUGACUCACUCCACUUUCAACAAGUAUCACACUGAACAUGCUAUGCUCAGAUAUAUUAAGAAAUUGGAAGCUAAGGAUUACUCUCUCUGUCACGGUAUGAUCCCAUUGGGUUCUUGCACCAUGAAGUUGAAUUCUGUUGCUGUUAUGACUCCAGUCACUUGGCCAGAAUUUGGAUCAAUUCACCCUCUUGCUCCACUCAACCAAGCUCAAGGAUAUUUGAGAAUGAUUGAAGAUUUGAAGCAAUGGUUGUCUAAGAUUACUGGUUUUGAUAACUGUUCAUUGCAACCAAAUGCUGGUUCACAAGGUGAAUAUGCUGGUUUGUUGGUUAUUAAGAAGUAUUUGGAAAGCAUUGGUCAAGGUCACAGAGAUAUCUGUUUGAUUCCAUCAUCUGCUCACGGUACUAACCCAGCUUCAGCUGUUAUGUGUGGUUUGAAGGUUGUCGUUGUUGAAUGUGAUAAGCUUGGUAACGUUGAUGUUGAAGAUUUGAAGCUCAAGAUUUCUCAACAUAAGGAUAAGGUUGCUUCCCUCAUGAUUACUUAUCCAUCCACUCAUGGUGUCUAUGAAGAAAGAGUUCAAGAAAUCUGUAACUUGAUUCACGAAGCUGGUGCUCAAGUUUACUUGGAUGGUGCUAACAUGAAUGCUCAAGUUGCUCUCACUUCUCCUGGUAAGAUUGGUGCUGACGUUUGUCACCUUAACUUACACAAGACCUUUGCUAUUCCACACGGUGGUGGUGGUCCAGGUAUUGGUCCAAUCUGUGUUCGUGCUCACUUGUCACCAUUCCUUCCUUCUCACCCAGCUUUCGAUGGUACUCAAUAUGAACUUCCAAACUCUGUUGGUGCUGUUUCUGCUUCUCCAUUUGGUAGUGCUAGUGUCUUGCCAAUUGUCUGGAUGUACAUUAGAAUGAUGGGAUCUGAAGGUUUGAGAACUGCUACUAGUGUUGCCAUGUUGAAUGCUAACUAUUUGGCUAAGAAAUUGUCUGAACAUUACAGAAUCUAUUACACUGCUGGUAAUGGUUUGGUUGCUCACGAAUUUAUCAUUGAUUGUAAUCCAUUCAAGAAGACUACUGGUAUUGAAGCUAUUGAUAUUGCUAAGAGAUUGAUGGACUAUGGUUUCCACGCUCCAACCAUGUCUUUCCCAAUUGGUAAUACUUUGAUGGUUGAACCAACUGAAAGUGAAGAUAUUGCUGAAUUGGAUAGAUUCAUUGAAGCUAUGAUUUCCAUCAGAAAGGAAAUUAGAGAUAUUGAAGAAGGUAAAUCUGAUAAGGUUAACAAUGUUCUUAAGAAUGCUCCUCACACUGCUGAUGUUGUUACAUCUGAUUCAUGGGAUCGUCCAUACAGCAGAGAAGUUGCUGCUUUCCCAACUGAAGCUACUAGAGAAAGAAAGUACUUCCCAACUGUCAGUCGUCUUAAUGACUCAUAUGGUGACAAGAACAUUUGUGCUUGUCUUCCAAUCGAACAAUACAAACAUUAA